AUGUCUUCAUCACUUGAAAAUGUUCAGCAACUUAUUAAUUCAAUCCAGCAUCGUGCUCGGAUUCGUGACAUCGAAACCACUCGGAAAAAAUUAUUAAAAAUCACGAAAGAUGGACUUAUGUUUUUUCCAGAUUUUGAUUUCACAAUGACACGAUAUUUUACUUCGACGGGAGAACGUAAUAAAAGUUCGCAUGGGAUAGUGGAAACAAGUUCUCGCUUGGCCGAAGAAUACAAAAGAGAAGUCAAGGCACUAUUUGCUCAUUACCAUCCGAUCGAAAUAAGCACUGAAAAGACUAAAGAAGAAAAAACCCCGGAAAUGAUUGAAUGGUGGCGAAAAACCCACAAAUUGUUAAUGGAGCAAAACGUUAAGGAAGAAGAUAUUAAAGAAAUAGUAGCAGAAUCAAAUGUGGAAAUAAGACCAGGAUUGAAUACGCUGAUCGAAAAAUGCAAGGUUGACAAUAUUCCAUUCUUGAUAUUCUCAGCCGGGAUUUCCGGUCCUUAUCAUGAAAAAAACCUUUUUUAUCCUAUGAACAUGCACAUCGUCUCCAAUGAGAUGGGAUUUAACGAAAAAACGGGGAUAUGUGAUUACUUCAAGGAACCUUUAAUUCAUACAUUCAACAAAAAUGAAAUAAUGAUUAAAGGUAGCCCUUAUUUUACUUCCAUUGAAAAUCGCGGUAAUGUCAUUCUACUAGGUGACUCUUUAAGUGACGUGCAAAUGGCCAGCGGGAUUAGUCACGAAACUUGUCUUUCUAUCGGUUUUUUGAAUUAUGAAGUUGAUAAAUUACUUAAUAUGUAUCUGCAAACAUAUGACAUCGUGGUUGUUGGUGAUGGACCAAUGGACGUCGUAAACUUUAUAGUUAAUACUAUUUCUUAG